CCUCCCUCACUCUUUCCAUUUGACCCAACCCAUAAAAAAUAGAUAGGGGAGCUCUGCAACUCAUCAUCCCCAUAGCCAUAACCGAGCUCAAGGUUGGAGGUUCAAAGGUUCAAGGAAUUUUACCAAAGUAUUCUAGACUUCUCAAGGAAUCUAGGAGUGGCCGGAAAAGUUGCCGGAGCCGCCGAUGUUUUCGCCGGAAAAUUCAAAAGUCGCCGGAGUUCGAACAAAGAAGAUAAAAGCUUGCUAGCGUCAUUUCAAGGUUGAAGCUAGAGCUUACUUCCUGCACCCGUUGCUCGGGAGAUCGAUGGAGAGAAGACGUGGUUCGUGCUUCCUCUCGUUCUAUUUUUAAAUAAUUAAAUAAUGCUCAUGGAACUAUUUUCACUUAUAAAUUAAUGGAGCCUGCGAGCUUUUGUUUUACCCUUGUGUGGGUUCUUACUAAACACUUAUAUUCCGCUAUGUGUUUGAUUGUAUGUUGAUGUUGUUAUGUAUGUUUACUAAUCGGUUUUUACAUAUGUAUCUUUCGGACGUCUUGUAUAAUUCGGUAAAGAUGAACUGCGGUUAUUCUUAUUGGGUUGUACGACGGUUGUCCACGUGGCACAGACGCGGUCUGGGGCGUGACAAAUGUUGUGGUGAAUACUGACAUGACUGAUUUAUGGCAUAAGAGACUUGGUCACAUGAGUGAAAAGGGAAUGUCUCUUUUGUUGAAGAGAAAUGUGUUACCGGGUGUGCAUGAUAUUCAUUUAAAGAAGUGUUCUCACUGUCUGGCAGGUAAACAGAACAGGGUUUCCUUUAAGAGCCAUCCUCUUUCCAGGAAGGAGAGUAUACUUGAUCUGGUGCAUUCUGAUGUUUGUGGUCAUAUGAAGACUAGGACACUUGGUGGUUGCUCCUACGUUGUCACAUUCAUUGAUGAUCACUCCAGAAAGGUAUGAGUUUAUACCUUGAAAUCUAAAGAUCAAGUAUUUAAGGUGUUUAAGCAGUUUCAUGCCUCGGUUGAGAUUAUUGUAGAGACCAUGGUAUUCGACAUCAAAAGAGUCCUCCCAAGACACCGCAGUUGAACGGAUUAGCAGAGCGGAUGAACAGAACUUUGAUGGAGCGUGUUAGAUGUUUGUUGUCACAUGCAGAGCUGCCAAAUUCAUUCUGGGGAGAAGCUUUGAAUACAGCGGUACAUGUUAUUAAUCUAACUCCUUGUGUUCCUUUGUCUUUUGAUGUACCUGACAGGGUUUGGAGUGGCAAAGAUGUUUCUUACCUUCAUUUGAGGGUCUUUGGAUGCAAAGCUUUUGUGCACAUUCCUAAAGAUGAAAGAUCAAAGCUUGAUGUGAAGUCCAAACCAUGUGUUUUCUUGGGUUAUGGCCAUGAUGAGUUUGGUUACAGAUUAUAUGAUCCAGUCCACAAGAAACUUAUUCGAAGCCGAGAUGUUGUGUUUGUGGAAGAUCAGACCUUGAAAGAUGUUGAGAAGAAAGAUACAGUUCCUCAACAUAAUGAUGAUGUUACUGAUUUGGAUCCAGUGCCUCCUCAGCAUGUAGAACCACCUCUUGAUAAUGAUGUUCAGAAUGAUGAACACACUACUACAUUUUUGGGACUAUUGUAACGGUCAAUUUCGUUACUAUUGGUUCAAAAGUCUGUUACAUUCUACAAAAUGUAACAGUUUUGGGCCGUUACAUUCGCUGGCGUUGCCUUUUCCCAAAUGUAACGCUAUGUAACGAUUUUUAAAACUAAUUGUAACGCUCUUCCCAACCAAAUGAAAGUGUUACAAUUGUACCAAAGUACAAUUGUAACGUAGUACAAUUGUAACGGUCUUUGAAGUGUAACACCUUACACCUAUGAAAAAUUAUGUAACAGUUUAU